AUGAGUUUCAGAGAGGAGGGAGAAAAUGAGAGGUCGGAUCUGAGGAAGCCAUUUUUGCACACUGGCAGUUGGUACCGAAUGGGCAUGGGCUCGAGGCAAUCUAGUUUGAUGGGUUCGUCUCAAGCUAUUAGGGAUAGCUCAGUCUCAGUCCUAGCUUGUGUUUUGAUUGUGGCUUUGGGUCCAAUUCAGUUUGGCUUCACUUGCGGAUAUUCUUCACCAACGCAAUCUGCCAUCACCAACGACCUCAAGCUUACAGUCUCACAGUUCUCUGUAUUUGGUUCUUUGUCGAAUGUGGGAGCUAUGGUUGGGGCAAUAGCUAGUGGUCAGAUUGCCGAGUACAUAGGUCGAAAGGGGUCACUAAUGAUUGCCGCCAUUCCUAAUAUCAUCGGUUGGCUUUGCAUAUCAUUUGCGAAGGACACUUCAUUCCUUUACAUGGGAAGGUUGCUGGAAGGAUUUGGUGUGGGUAUAAUCUCUUACACGGUGCCUGUAUACAUAGCCGAGAUAGCGCCACAAAAUCUAAGGGGUGGACUGGGCUCAGUCAACCAGCUCUCUGUGACUAUCGGGAUCAUGCUAUCUUAUCUUCUGGGACUUUUUGUUGAUUGGAGAUUGCUGGCAGUUCUUGGAAUAUUACCUUGUUUGAUACUGAUACCAGGACUCUUCUUCAUCCCAGAAUCUCCCAGGUGGCUGGCAAAAAUGGGGAUGACUGAAGACUUUGAAGCGUCUCUUCAAGUUCUUCGGGGUUUUGAGACUGAUAUUACCCUCGAAGUAAAUGAAAUUAAGAGAUCUGUGGCCUCAACAAGCCGAAGAACGGCAAUCCGGUUCGCGGAUUUCAAAUCGAGAAGAUAUUGGCUACCACUAAUGAUUGGAAUUGGGCUACUUAUUAUGCAACAGCUAUCUGGGAUUAAUGGCGUUAUUUUUUAUUCCAACAAUAUAUUCGAAUCUGCUGGGAUCACGUCAAGUCAUGCUGCAACAGUAGGAGUUGGCACCAUUCAGGUCAUUGCUACUGCAGUAGCUACAUGGUUGGUAGACAAAACGGGGCGCAGGAUUCUAUUGAUCGUUUCUUCUUCGGGAAUGGCUGUUAGUCUCUUACUAGUUGCAGUGUCAUUCUUUGCAAAGGGUUUCGUGGCCGAGGAAUCUAAGCUAUUUGGCAUCUUGGGAAUCCUUUCUGUUGUAGGGGUGGUGUUGAUGAUUGUCUUUUUUUCACUUGGGAUGGGGCCCAUCCCAUGGCUCAUAAUGUCUGAGAUACUCCCGAUUAAGAUCAAGGGGCUGGCUGGAAGUGUUGCGACUUUAUUCAACUGGUCCUGCUCCUGGGUUAUUACUAUGACUGCACCAUUGCUACUCACUUGGAGCAGUGGAGGAACUUUCGCUCUUUACUCUGUCAUGUGCAUAUUGACUGCGGCAUUUGUGACGAUAUGGCUGCCAGAGACGAAAGGAAGAACAUUAGAGGAAAUCCAAUCCUCCUUCAGAUGA